AUGAAGCGCAAAAACAAGGAGCAGAGGAGGGCCGAUGGAAUCACCGAUAGAGGUAGUGAUUCGCUGGAGACCAUGCGCCCGAACAAGAAGCAGAGGCUCGGCGGUAGCAGCGGUAGCAAUGAGGAGCGUGAGCCCUCGCCCUACCUGGUGGUAGGCCAUGGGAGUGUGAGCCCUGCCUUCUCCGUGACCGGCAGCUCAACCAAGAACUACUACGGCCCGGGGACCAUCGUUUUCGACACCGAGAAGCAGUUGGUGAUCCGGGGCCCGGAACCUAAGUCGAUCAAGAGCCUCCCGAUCCUGCUACCCAUCGACCAGAAGAUCUACUCUCUUUCCCGAAGCCCCUCAGUGAAGGGACCGCUCGAUUACUUGCCCUGGUUCGAGGUCCUCGACCUCUCCCAGGCACAGGCAGUCGACGGCCGUCUAACCAACUGCAAGUGGAGGUCCCUGCAGCGGCCGCCCUUCUUUCCCUGGGAGCUCACCCCACGGCAGUACUGUUGUCCACCGAGGGUUGCCGUCGAGUCAUACGUCGCCGUGGGCUCCCACAUAUUGGUUUCUGUGACCGGACGGGUGGGCACGUACGCUUUUGACACCAAGGGCUCGAAGAAGUGGGUGACGGUGGAUGACCAGAACGACCUGCCGUUCAGCGAUGGUGCCAUCCCGCAUGGCCGUGGGCUCUUCCUUGGCUUAUCAAGCACCACAAAAGCCAUCACUGGAUACAAGAUUAUAAUGGGCACUAGUUCACUCUCUGUUGUUGAGAUUCCUGUGGUGUCCGACUUGGAAGAUGAAGAGCCGGUCGCUCGCUCACACAAUUUCGUGUCCCUGGGGAUUGAUAGUGGCUUCUGCUUGGUGACCUGUUGGAGCGUUGACGAAACUCCGUAUCCCCCGCAUCGCCGGGCGCACAUCAGGGUGAGGACGUACAAAACAGAUGAUUUUGUGGAGUCGGAGGGGAAAUGCUUGGUCGUCUCCAAGCAGUGGAUGCAGGUUUACAAGAUCUGCGAUUUGAUCCGGACACUAGAUGAGCCAUGUCUGGUUGGUGUGGUCUACAUAUGAGUAAGCCCUUUUCACAUCUGUCC